GCGGUGGCCGACGGGAUAUCGGAGUCCUCCCAGCGCCUCUUCUUGGCUGCAAUGGCGGCUCAAUGGCUUCCCUUCCUGCUGCUGUUCCUCUGCUGCUCCUCUCCUCGCCCCUCCGCCGCCGUUUACGAGGACCAAGUGGGCAAGUUCGACUGGAGGCAGCAGUUUGUGGGGAAGCUGAGGUUUGCCUCCUUGGAGUCCUCCCAGGGGUCCAAGAAACUCAUUGCGGCCACCGAGAAGAACGUGGUGGCGGCUUUGAACUCAAGGACGGGAGACAUCUUGUGGCGCCAUGUGGACAAAGGGACGCCGGAGGGGGCAGUCGACGCCAUGCUGGUCCACGGUCAAGACGCCGUCACUGUUUCCAACGGGGGCCGCAUCCUGCGUUCCUGGGAGACCAACAUUGGGGGCCUGAACUGGGAGAUCUCAACGGACGCUGGCAGCUUUCAGAUGGCCAGUUUGGUGGGAGUGCAGGACGCCGUCAGAUACGUGGCGGUGCUGAAGAAAGGCGCGCUCUCCCUCCAUUACCUCUCCAACGGACACCAGAAGUGGAUGGAGCACUUGCCAGAAAGUGAUCUUGUCCAGUAUCAGAUGGUGUAUUCGCAUGGGACCGGAGUGGUGCAUGUCCUCGGAGUCGCUUCUCGGAGUCACCUGAACGUCCUCACCUUCAGCGUGGAGGAUGGAGAAAUCAUGAGACAGGUGAGGGUGGCUGCCCCUUGGCUGAGCAGCCUGAGCCAGGCUUGCAAUGUGGUCGGAGAGGCUGUGCUGGUGUGCGUCGAAGCCGCCGCUCACACGCUCCAUGCCAUGGCUCUGGACGCCGAGGAAGAGAUGAAGCCCAUUCUAUUGCAGCCCUUUGGGUUUGCCGACAGCUUCCAGCCCUACCUCUUGGCGUUGCAACCCAAUCCGGCCAGCGCUUCCCGGUCCCAGUUCUUUCUGCGGUUGUCCCCGAGUCACUUCGCCCUGCUGCAGUAUCACAAUGGGUUGCUGAGCCUCCUACGGGAUUUCCCACAGGCUGGCCUUGUGACUUUCGCAACCACCGGCGAGAAGACUGUAGCUGCAGUCCUCACCUGUAAGGAUGAAGCGAAAGCUGGACCAAACGCCUCCCAGUCGGCCAGCUCUGUUGGACAGACCUCCAAGCAGGAGUCCUUGACAUGCUUCAACCAGUCCUAUGCAGUUAACCUAUACUUGGCUGAAACCGGACAGAGGCUGCUGGACACAUCCAUUGGGUUCACCCUGGAGAAGAGCAGCACCAGGCCAGAGCAGCUUUACAUUCAGGUCUUCUUGAAGAAAGAUAAUUCUGUGGGCUAUCGUGCACUGGUGCAAACGGGGGACCACAUGCUCUUGUUCCUUCAACAGCCAGGAAAAGUUCUCUGGAGCCGGGAGGAAUCUUUGGCCGAAGUGGUCAGUUUGCAAAUGGUGGACUUGCCACUAACAGGAGCCCAGGCUGAGCUGGAAGGCGAAUUCGGGAAGAAAGCAGCAAUUCAAGAUGGUUUGCUGGGGAUGUUCCUCAAGCGCCUCUCCUCCCAGCUCAUCCUCCUCCAAGCCUGGACUGCCCACCUCUGGAAGAUGUUCUAUGAUGCGCGCAAGCCCCGGAGCCAGAUCAAAAACGAAGUCAACAUCGACAACUUGGCCCGGGACGAGUUUAACUUGCAGAAGAUGAUUGUGGUGGUCACAGCUUCUGGAAAGCUCUUUGGUAUUGAAAGCAGCUCUGGGACGAUCCUUUGGAAGCAGUACCUCCAAGACGUCAAGCCGGGCUCCUCUUUCAAGCUGAUGGUCCAGAGGACGACCGCCCACUUUCCCCACCCGCCCCAGUGCACCUUACUGGUCAAGGACAAGGAGACUGGCAUGAGCUCUCUCUAUGUCUUCAACCCCAUCUUUGGGAGGUGGAGCCAGGUGGCCCCUCCGGUCCUGAAUCGGCCCGUCCUCCAGUCCCUCCUGCUGCCCAUCAUGGACCAAGACUACGCCAAAGUGCUGCUUCUGAUUGACGAUGAGUACAAGGUGACUGUGUUCCCGGCGACGAGAAACGUCCUCCGUCAACUGGAAGAAAUGGCUCCCUCCAUCUCUUUUUAUUUAGCCGACUCCGAACAGGGCAAACUGAUGGGAAGAAGGCUGAGGAAGGACCUGACGACGGAGGAGAGCUGGGAGAUCAGCAUCCCCACCGACUUGCAGCGCAUUGUGACGGUGAAAGGGAAGAGGGCCAAUGAGCAUGUCCAUUCCCAGGGCCGCGUGAUGGGGGACCGCAGCGUAUUAUACAAGUCUUUGAACCCAAACUUGCUGGCGGUGGUGACGGAGAGCACAGACACGCACCAGGAGCGCACGUUCAUCGGGAUCUACUUGAUCGACAGCGUCACGGGACGGAUCAUCCACUCCUCCGUUCAAAAGAAGGCCAAGGGACCCGUGCAUAUCGUCCAUUCGGAGAACUGGGUCGUGUACCAGUACUGGAACGCCAAGGCCCGCCGCAACGAGUUCACGGUGCUGGAGCUGUAUGAAGGCACGGAGCAGUACAAUGCCACGGCAUUCAGCUCCCUCGACCGGCCGCUGUUGCCGCAGGUCCUCCAGCAGUCCUACAUCUUCCCGUCGGCCAUCAGCGCCAUGGAGGUCACCAUCACCGAAAGGGGCAUCACCAGCCGGCACUUGCUCAUUGGGCUCCCAUCCGGUGCAAUCCUGUCUCUUCCCAAGGCUUUGCUGGACCCUCGACGGCCGGAAAUCCCGACGGAGCAAACAAGAGAGGAAAACCUGAUCCCGUAUUCUCCGGAUGUCCAGAUUCACGCCGAGAGGUUCAUCAACUACAACCAAACCAUCUCCCGGAUGAGAGGCAUCUACACUGCUCCGUCGGGUCUGGAGUCCACUUGCCUGGUCGUCGCGUACGGACUGGACAUCUACCAAACCCGCGUCUACCCCUCCAAGCAGUUUGACGUCCUGAAGGACGACUACGACUACGUCCUGAUCAGCAGCGUGCUCUUCGGCCUCGUCUUCGCCACCAUGAUCACCAAGAGGCUGGCGCAGGUUAAGCUCCUCAACCGCGCCUGGCGAUAGUUGGAGCAGACCGGAAGAGACAAAACGCCGAAACCCUGUUGAAACCCAGGCUGCUUCGGCAGUUAGGAAACGUCCUUUUUCCCUCGGAAGCGAAGGGUGCUGUGGUUGCGGGAAUUGUUUUGUUUGCGUUGUCUCCUGGGAAAGCAGGAAAAUUAGAAACUCCAAAGACAAGCUGCGACAUGAGUUUGCCUUGUUCUUUUCGUUCAUCGUGUAAAACGUUCAUCAUCGGCGCACCUUCGCAUUAAUUGCAAGGAGACGCAACCUCCGAACCUUCGGCCUGGGUUUCUCUGAUCAGCUUUUAGUCGGAAGGGACAUCUAUAGAUCAAUAUUUCUCUUUUAUUGCUCAUCUUCCCGUUUCCCCGAAGUUCUGGGUUCAAGCAAAGAGCUGGAAAAAGAUAUGGAAAUGUGUGAAAAUGAGGCAGUUUUGCAUAAGAUGCGCCAGAAGAUGAACAUUAGAUAUGAAGAGGCGGCACGAGUGACCGAAUGGCGUGGAGUGCACCAUGGGCUUUGCAGUUAGACUUCUUUCCCUUCAGCUAAAGAGAACAAGCAAAUCUACUGUUUUAUAUUUAUUUAGGCUGCACUGAGAGGUUUUUUGAUCUAAAAUCCCUGCUGUUUGGAUGUUUCUGCAAAAGAAGUCGUCGUGGAUUAUUGCUUUUAGAUGACAUUGACCCGCCUUCAUUAAAACGCGACUGUCAAGGUCUCAGGAUGCCAUCUUGAGAAAAGGGAAUUCUUGGCGUCUGCGUUGAGAGAGAAGUGUUUGGGGAUCCUCCAUGAAAUGAAUGUGGUUUUUGGCCCUCCG